GGUGCAGGUGGCAGCUGCAGCCUACACAAACACACCAGACAUUGUCAACACUUGACUCAUCUGUCAUAUCUGCUGUGCCUGCGCCUCCAGUCGCUGAUGGACGGCCACGUUAACAUAGACAGGGAUGACAAAGUUGUCGCUGUGGAAGAUGGCCCUGGCAAAGUGAUGAAAAAGAAGAGGAGGUCGCAAAACCAGGAGGAUGAUAUAGGUUCAGGGGAAGUACCACCCACACACACCAUGCAGCCAGCAGCAUCUCGGUUUGAUGGAGGUUUGGCAUUAGAUGACGAGGCUGCCAUCUCAAAUAAUCACUUACAAGGUGAUGGUCAACAGGACGAAGCAAGGCAGAGCAAUAGAGGAAGUGAAGGUAGAGUGCGUGGUGAACAAGAGCAGGUUACUCGUGGGCAUGGUGGCAGGAGAGGGCACACUCACGUACCGGAACCUGGAGAAAAUUCUCAAUCAGCUGGAGAGUGGAAAGAGGGAGAGGAAGAAGAGGAGGAGCUCAAAUAUGGUGCACAACAUGUAAUAAAGCUGUUCAUCCCUGUGUCUCUGUGUAUGUUAGUGGUGGUUGCCACUGUAUCUUCAGUUACAUUUUACACAGAAAAAGGAGCAUACCUAUUGUACACCCCAUUUCAUGAGGAAUCUCAGAGUAUUGGGGAUAAAGUGUAUGAUGCACUACGUAAUGCUCUAAUUCUCCUGUGUGUAGUGGUUGUUUUAACCAUUGUGCUUAUAUUACUUUACAAGAAACGCUGCUAUAAGAUCAUCCAUGGAUGGCUGCUUAUGUCCUCUCUACUGUUGCUCUUCAUUUUUACCAUUAUGUACAUGAUGGAACUACUCCGUGGCUAUAAUAUUAGAAUUGACUGGAUUACUGUAUCCAUAUGUGUGUGGAACUUCGGUGUAAUGGGCAUGGUGAGCAUCCACUGGCAUGGUCCUUUACGCCUUCAGCAAGCCUACCUCAUAUUCAUUGCCUCGCUUAUGUCCUUGAUGUUUAUCAAGUACCUCCCUGAGUACACACUCUGGAUGGUCUUGGCAGUCAUCUCCAUCUGGGAUUUGAUUGCAGUGCUAUCUCCAAAGGGUCCACUACGUAUACUGGUGGAAACAGCUCAGGAAAGAAAUGAACCCAUAUUUCCUGCACUUAUCUAUUCUUCUAAUAUAAUGUACAGCACAUUAGGCAUGGCAGAACCUGAUGGCAACCUAGCUUCAUCAAGAUCUCGUGGCAGACAACCUGUUCAGGAUGACACAGCCACUGUUGGAGAUGCACCAGUUGAGGGACAAGCUGGUGUGCAGCGGGAUGGAGACACCACAAGAAGGAGAAUGGUAGAAAAUGGACAUGUGGCUGUAGAGACUGUAGAUGGGGAUUCUGGUUUUACUGAAGAAUGGGCCUUGCAUCGUGAUGAGCGAGCUUUGAGAAGACGAGAACAGGUUAACAGCCAUGUGCGUCAUCACCCUCCAAAUGUUGAAUAUCCACAACCCCAUCCUCGUGAUCUUGCUGCUGAGGAAGAGGAAGAAAGAGGUGUAAAACUUGGACUUGGAGACUUCAUUUUCUACUCUGUCCUAGUUGGCAAAGCUUCUUCAUAUGGUGACUGGAAUACUACCAUAGCUUGUUUCAUUGCCAUUCUCAUUGGGUUGUGCCUGACAUUAAUCAUGCUGGCAAUUUUCAAGAAAGCUCUGCCAGCCUUGCCCAUUUCCAUUGCAUUUGGCCUUAUAUUUUACUUCUCCACAUCUCUAUUAGUUGUGCCAUUCACUGAGCAACUUGCUAGUGAACAAUUUUAUAUAUAGUACAAGUCACAUUUUAAGCCAGUAGGUAUAUAUUUAGCAAUGCUUUAUAUAUAUUCAACCUAGUGAACCAUGAGCAAGUGUGUGUAUAAAGAAUGAUGUCUCAGAAGUAAACUUCAAGAUGAUUCUGAAGUGUGUGGACAACAUUUUAAGGCAGAAGCAGCAUAAGAACCCGAGUAUGUUAUGUGUAUUCACUACAAACGAAGUACUGCACCUAAUGAGAGAGACAUUGCAUAUGAAGGGCCCUUUUCUUGUAAUUGAUUUUCAAAUACUUGAUCAUAAUAGCUAAAAAGCUAGAAUGGGUAAUAAACUUCAUACAAAAAUAUGGCUAUAGCUUAUUCCCAUUGUUAAUAUAUAACAUUUAAUAUAAGAUUUUCAUGUUUUAAGUUUUUAGAAUUUGAUUUUGUAUUGUAGAACUAGCUUUUUACUCAAGUCAGUGCAUUAUCACAUACAUUGCAGUCAUUGUAAAUGACUUAAUAUUUUUGCAGUGGUCACAGAAGCUUUACAUUUGAAAGAAAUGUGUCAUAGGCCACAUAAAAAUGAUACUAUUAAAUAGCCAAAAAGUCAGUUCCAUAAUUUUUUCUGCUAUUGGAAAAAAGCAUAUAUACAAUUGAAAUAAUAAUUAUAUCAAUGUUUAAUUCUAGAUAUUUAAAUACCUUACCUUGAAUAAAGGGGAAUUCCAGGAGAUUACAGCAACCAUUUUUUGGAGGCUGUAGCACACUACCAUCUACAAAUAUCUUCAGAUUUGGUAUUGAAGUCUAUGCUAUGCUCUGAACUCUCAUCUGUAAAUCAAAGCUCAGUCUGACAAGCCAGAAAUUAUGAUUUGGUCAUUUUGAAGUCUUGGGACAAUUAGUAUUUAUUUGGACAAUCAUAAUUUAGACAAUAGCCAUCAUGUACCAGUUAACUAUACACAUUCGAAAUCAGCAGAGUAUAAGGACUCCAUUGAUAUAAAUUUUAUUUCUUUAGGUGAAAAACUUACUUUUUACCUCUUGAUUUCUUCUAGAGGUUAUGAUGUCAUCUGGAGUAUCAUGUAUCAUCUGUUUGAGAGGCAAGAAACAGGAACUUGGGGACACUGUUGGAGGUUAAAGGCACAGAUAUUUGGAAGUAUUUCUUCAGUCUCAGCAUGGUCAGGAAGUGGAAUAAUUUUGGUGAGGAAUUGGUGAAGGCAGGCCCCAUACAUAGUUUGAAGAGCAGGUACAAUAGAGCCAACGAGGCUAAGGGGAAGUGAAUCUGAAGAUUAGCAAGUUAAGCAGCAGGGCCUGGAUCAGCCAACCCUUGCAACCAUGAACAGGCGAGUACAACUAUUUACUGCAACUAAAAACAAGGUGAAUGUAUUAUGUACAAGAAACUGCAAUAACUGUGUAAAAAAUUUUUGUUAAUGUUUCCUAUCAUCCUACUACCCUUUUGCAUAUUCUUCCAUCAAAACAUUCCUCCCUGCAGUGCUGUAUGACCCUUCUGGGCUUUGUGCAUAGUUUGAUUAUAAUAUUAUUGCCAAGGCAGGGUGACCCAAAGAAGAAAACACAUCAUUCAUUCAUUUAAUUGCUGUCUUGCGAGAAGCGUACUGACGUCACGCUUCAUAUUACGCUUCGACUACAACAUCCUCGCCCCUCCUUCAGAGUGCAAGCAUUACUAGACUUUGGUCCAGCUAAUUGGACCCAAGGCUUGGAAAUUACACUCAACAACACAUCCAGUAAAAGCCACCUCUCUCCAUUUGCUCCUAUCCUGUUAUAUGUACAUUUCUUUCUGCUGGAAAGAAAUGUUCCUAUAUAUGAUAUCGCUGUUUUCUGUAGAUAAUACAUCUGUCUUUCUUCCUCUUUCAACACACCGGCUGUAUCCCACCAAGGCGGGGUGGCCCAAAAGGAAAAACGAAAGUUUCUUCUUUUACGUUUAGUAAUAUACACAGGAGAAGGGUUACUAGCCCCUUGCUCCCGGCAUUUUAGUCGCCUCUUACAACACGCAUGGCUUACGGAGGAAGAAUUCUGCUCCACUUCCCCAUGGAGGUAAGAGGAAAUAAAAAAGAACAAGAACUAGAAAGAAAAUAGAAGAAAACCCAGUGGGGUGUGUAUAUAUAUAUGCUUGUACAUGUAUGUGUAGUGUGACAUAAGUGUAAGUAGAAGUAGCAAGACGUAUGUAUAUGAGACAGAAUAAAAAGACACCAGCAAUCCUACCAUCAUGUAAAACAAUUACAGGCUUCUGUUUUACACUCGCUUGGCAGGAUGGUCGUACCCCCCUGGGCGGUUGCUGUCUACCAACCUACUACCUAGAACAUCUGCCUUUAUCUUUAAUUAAAUAAAUUCUUCAGAUGAUACCCCAGAGGUCAUACAGUGACCCUUAAACUUGGUGAAAAAGUCAACCAUUCAGUUUGUGACCUAAAAAAAAAAAACUUGCAUCAGUGGAUUUCUUGUACAUUAUUACUUUAUUAAUUACAAAUAUGUAUACAGUAUACAUGGGUUGUUACCUAAGUUAUGAUGUUCCGUAGAAGUGCUAAUUGUCCUGUCACGUUAAAAUGACCUAGGCCAUGACUUUUGACCUAUAAAUCAGACUGAGCUAAGGUUUAUGGAUGGUAAUAUAGAAUAUCCCUAAAUACCAAAUAUAGAGAUUUAGAGAUGGUAGAAUGUUAAACACUAGUUUUUUUUUUAUUUCAGGAACUUGCUCAAGCCCAAUUUCUAUUUUUAGUUUAUUUUUUUUAUUAAUAAACUGGAAUAUUUUUGAGAUGUGACAUUUUCCUUAGUUUUCCUAACAAGCAUUGUUUCAAGUAACAUGUAUCUUAACAGUUUGUUCAACAGGAAUCAUAAUGUUAUCAGCUCAAAUCUCCUCAUGCAGAAUGGGUGAGGUUUGAACUUAUGGCAAGCCACUCCAAAAACUAGCAGGCCAGUUCUUUGCCCACUAAAUCAUAUUUCCCUAUUAAUAUUAAUCCAACUAGGUGUAUUCUGUAGACAAACAAGGUUAGCAAGGGCCCCUCUAUGACAGUAGUUUUCACAAACUAAUCUCUCACUACCAUGGUUUGUGAAAACCUGCAUUUGUAGUUAUAGGGGGUCUAUGCUAACCUCCCCAGUUUAUGGAAAUGCACCUAGUUGGAUGAAUCCUAUUAGGCUGAUAUGAUAAGAUGGUUAAGGCAUUGGCCUACCAGUUUAAAGACUGGCUUACUAUGGGUUUAAACCUCGCUCAUUCUGAAAGUUGUUAAGUCGUUCUAUUAUGAUUUCGAGUCAUUCAAGCCUGUUAGAUGUAUAGGACAUUUAAGCGAACAGCAAAAUAAACUCUCAAUAAAGUAAGGAGUGUAAGAGUUUACUUCACUUUUAAAAACAAAUAUAUAUUGUGUGAUUAUAUGAAAUAUUGGGCUUUAAAUUUCUAUUCACAUCAGGGUAAGCCUUUAGUGACUUGAGUUAUUUAAAGUUUCUUGAUUUGCAUAUAUGUCAGUGUAGAAUAUUUUGUAAUUUUAAAGGUCACUUCUUAGUUAUUGGUACUUUAGGUUAAUAUGCGAAAUUCCAUUCUAAGAAUUUUAAUGAAUACUUUGUGAAAAUGUGAAUUUAGUUUAUUGCAUCAGGAGAUAUACAUAUGCUAAUAUGAAGUAACAAGUCAUUUUACUUAAGUGAUGGUUAGAAACAUGUGAACCAAAUACUUAGGAUAUUUUAUUGUGGAUAAGUUUUUAUUUUGGAACCUUGUUCACUCUAAACAUAGCUGGGGGCAUGAGAAGCUUGCCUCAUGAAUGGGACACUGCACGUGGCAUACCAGUCCAUGGCAGAUCCUUCUCAAAUCUAACCCUUCUAAUGCAUGUAUUUGUUGAACUUAUUUUUUCAUGCUAUCUAAGCUUUGCAACUCACUUGACUUCACUAAAAUUCAGCUUACCUCCUUAUAUAACCCUAAGUUUCUCAUGCCCACAUAUGUUUGGGGUGAAUAGUCCCAGGACUGAAUAUAUCCACAAUUAAGAGUGCUCACGUGUCUUUAACCACAACUUGUUGGUAUCAUAUACCAGGUUUUCAACUUUGUAAGUUUUACCUCACAUUGAGGAUUGUUAAUGGCAGUAAAGAUUAUGGUUAACAUAUUAAAGGUUCACAUUCAUGAAAGUACCUAAAUUUGUUAUAUUUCACUUCCCCACUUAAAGCAGAAGACAGUCCUCAGCAAGCAUUUUGCUUACAUUAUUUAUUAGUAACAGUACUUGCUGAAAAGUAAAGUCUUUUGAGAAUAUUUAUAUUUGUGAACCUUACUCCAUUCUCAGUCUAGUGGUUGGAAGAAUUGUUGGUUAUUAAAGAGCAAACCUGAUUACCUCCCAUUCCCCAGGUGCUGUUCAACCCCUACGUGUUUAAAUGCUUUCCCUUAAAUAUAACGAGCGAUGAUGAUGAUGAUGAUGAUAAUAAUAACCAUUUAAUUACUCAUAAAGACUAAUCCUUCAUUCUCUGCUUUUGAGAAUGAUAAUAGGAGAAAUUUUAAAUAAUUUUCUUUUAGAAUAAUACUUAACUGCAUAGGGAUUGCUGAAUGACCUAUACAGAUUUAGUGCUUUGUGUAUAUAUUAAUAAUUAUUUGCAUAUGAUUUGUAUCAACUAAAUAUUAAGUCUCUCUUCAACAUUUUAUAUUUCUUCAAAGUAAAACUUUUAAGAUAAAAUGUAAUGUAAUGAUUCUAUGAGCAAUCUUCUAUUAUUUAUGUUUCCUCUAAAUGCCUCCUAAUUCCAAAAUUUUAGGUUAAGAAAAUAUUACAGGCAAUACUCUGAGGUGAAAAAGUUGCAGUUUUUUUUUUUUCCAACUCUAAAGAAAUGGGGAUAUCAUGCUCACUGUUAUUGUACAUCUGCUUUGUUUUGUAUAUAGAGUACAUAUUUUUUACACUGCUGUCACUGUUAUACAAAUCUUCAUAACAUUUGCAAAAGUUUAGAAAUGAUGCCUAACAAGAAAUAAUUCAACACAUUUUAUUAGGGAAAACAAGAGACUUGGAAAUGUGCUUCCGAUAAUCCCUUAAUAGCGGGUGGAGUGUAUCCAGGUCUUGCUGUAUAUCAGUGCUAGAUGAUACUCCUAGAGGUUGUACAGUAUAGCUUAUGUAUACAGUACUUUAUGAAACUAGUAUGCUUAUAAAUAAGCAUAUGGUUUGGGUUCUAAAGUGUCUUUAAUAUAUAUUUGAAUUGUAACAGUAAGUUACAUUCAGGAAGCUAUUUUUAAAUAAUACUAUCAAAAGCUGCUGAUUGGAGUAUUCCUGAUAUCAAUACUUCGUCUCGGUGGCAGAUUUCAGCAGUUUGCAGAUAUGGAGUAGACACUGAUUCAGUAUCUCUGUAUCUGUGAUCAGGCAUGUACCAAGGAAGACAGAGUAAAAUCAGGGUCAAGCUGAGAUUGCUGAAGCUCAUAGCCUCUUUUUUAACAAUUGAUUUAGUAUUGUAUGCUGUUUUACUGACUGCAAAGUUUUUACUAGUAGAGAGGACACAGCUUUCAUUUAUCAUAGGAAGAAAGGUAAAACAUAAUGAGGUUAAUCUGUAAAGCUGUUGAAGCAAUAACCCCCAUUAUCAUUUUGUUAAUGACAACCAUAAGAAAUGAAUGAUAGUUUCAAAGAAAUAGUUUAAGUUGUUUUGUAAACAAGUGAAUGUUGGAAAGGAUUUUUAACUUUGUUCUCAGUACAAGCUGUAUUAUAAAUGCAUUAUAGCUUGUAAAGUAGGAAUCUAGAUCAACAUUAGAGUACAAAUUAAAUUUUUUUUACACUGAAUGUGAGCUUAGCUUUGAAAGAUUUGACUGAAUUGCGACGACAUUUGAAUUUGAAGAAUAGACUGUGGAAAGAAGUCAUAAAAUUAAAGAUUGCUUUUACAAAAUGGGCACAGAUAUUUAAAAUUUCAACAAAAUGAUAUUUCAGAAGAAUUAGAUAUUAGAAACCUAUAAUAAAAUUAAGAAUAGAGGAAACAUAGAUAUAUGAGAGGUGAGAGUAUGGAAGAAUAAGAUUUGAGGCAAGGUGUAGCAGAGGAUCCUUUUAAAAGCACACCAUUUUGCCCAAGGCUGAGCUUUAUCAAGUUAUUCAAGGCAGGUGUUGUCUUUGGUACCAGCACUUGUUCGGAGGCAAUUUUGAAUGGUCCACCCUACUGCGUAGCAUGGAAAACAAUCGAUAUGAUACUAUAUUAAUCAUUCCAAUAUAAAACUGUAGGUGAUUUGAUGUAAUAGUAAAGUAUUUGUUUUUUUACAUGUUACUGUAGAGGUGUGGUGCGACUGUAGUGCUACAGUUAGAUACAGUAAGAAACCCCCCUUUUUUAUGUUACUUGUGCAGUCAUCAUAUGUUACCAUGACAUUUGUAAAGUUAUCAAGUGGUAGAUUUUAAGUAAUUUGAAUGUUUAUAGCAAAUUCUCACCUCAACCAUGUGUUCUCUCCUGAGACUUAAGUAUCAGUUCUAAGUUUUAUUAGCAUUUCAAAGAACUAGUCAGAUUGUUGCAGAGUUCAUUUUCCUUGCAAAUAAACUCAUCACUAGGAAACUUUCAGUACUGUUAUUUGGGACCAUUGAUUUUUGAUAGCUUAAGAGAGAACACCAACUUUAUUUUAGCAUUUAAAAAACUUUUAAGUGGAAUGGUUCUCCUGUUGCAAUGACUGCUUUUAUGCCCAACAAUUCUUUAAGCUAUUAAUGGAAAAUUUUUGAUGUUUUUUAGUUGGCACUUAAAAAAAAAAAAAAAAAAAAAAAAAAGUCCUUUUAGAUCAUCCAUUUUGUAAAUUUUGGAGGAGAAUAUUUCUUUUAUUUAUGGCAGAUUGUGCUAAUAGAUUUUAGCUAAGGGUUUGGUAUGGAUUUUUUAGGGGAGUAUAAGAUGUAUCAAAAUCACUGAGCUGGUCACUCAGUCACAUUUGGUCUGGGGUAAAUUUCCUUCUGUUGAGGUUGUGAAGAAUGUAUAGUUUCAGCUUUAAUCUUGCCAUGUGCCCACAACAAAUCUUUGAUUAAUAAUGAUACUGGUAGUUUCACAAAGGGUGUACUGCAUCCUAGCAGUCCACAAAGUCAGUAUUGUUGGUUGUACUGUAUUUAUAUACUACAUAUAAACUGUAUAUGGGGAGUUCAUAGUAUCUUUUUCUACUUGGUUUUUAUCCUUUUAUAACUAGUCAAAUGACAUUCAAUUUUGUAAUCUGAGAAGAGGGCAUAAGGUCUUUAGUAACUCAAAUGCUAAAUCUAAUACUUACUGUGUAUUCAUUGCACUCUUCAUCAUCCAAAAUUUUUAUUGCAACAAGCUCUUAUUAUAUUUGCAUCACAUGUUGGGAAGCAGUGCAUUCAUGCUUUAUGCAUAGCUCAACAUUCCAUCCUCAUUCAAUAUAUUUAACAGGAUAUGAAUGGUUAGUGUGAUUGGCUUUAUAUAAUUGUGUAGAACUUGUGUAUUCUAUGAGAACUUUAAUGUGAUUUUAAUAAAUUUGAGAAUGAGUAUGUUACAAAA